UGGACGUCGAGGAAACGCGAAACACGCUGCAACUUUUACACAUUGACGCUAUUGAAAAGGCAUGGGCGUAUCCAGCCUGGCUCCCGUCUUAAGCGGCUGACUGCAGCAAAGACCUCGUAUAUGAGCUUACUGAUCCCUCAGACUGCGUUUUGGUGUUCGUCAACUCUGUCACCGCAGUCCUUCUCGAGCGGCAACUCACUCUUUAUGGCCUUGUGCAAGUGACAUUCGCUUUGUCUGGUCUCUCGAUUCUGAUACUUUCACUUACAUCUUAAUUGCCUAAUUACAAUUUACACCGACCUCGUCAAGGCAGCCAUGCCUUCUUUUACUCGACUGGGGCUCUCGCUCUUACCCCUCACCGCUGUCGCUGUCGCAACGAGCCCGUACGCGUCUUCGAAGAACGAGACACCAAAAGACAACAAUGCAGACUGCAACUGUUAUGUUGUUUCAUCUGGUGCCGACUCGAGCACUCCUGAGUACUUCCAGUACUACCGCUUCUACGACUUCCGCAACCUUCCUGGCGGCUUUUCUUCCCCACCAGCGCAGGUGAACAGCAGCGAUGGGCUUGAGCCAACAUGGCAGCCCGAUCUGUUCAACAGCGAUGACUGGAAAUACGACUGGGGCCUACAGAAUUGGAGCAAGCCUGCUACCGCAGAUUUCCCAGUUCCAAUGUCCAAUUCCUACGCAAACAUCUACCUCGGCGAGGAAAACGAUAGCAGCUACCUUGCGCUGCGCACAUCGCGCGAAGCCGAGUACCAGUCGGCCGGCGAGAUGGAGAAUCAGCAGAAGAACCUUAUGCAUGUUUCAAUGCGAAUGUCCGGGCGUGUGGUGGGGGACAAGGGCGCUGUGGCUGGAUUCUUUACUUUCAUUGACGACAACAACGAGUCGGACAUUGAGAUCCUGACCCGCGACCCUGUCGACACGAUCCGCUACACAAACCAGCCCGCUGUUGGGAAAGAUGGCAACGAGGUCGCAGAGGCUUCGGUCACAAGCACUAACCUGCCCAGCUGGGAGGAUUGGCAAACGCAUCGUAUCGACUGGCUGCCGAAGCACAGCUAUUGGUACCUCAACGGCAAACAGGUCGCUGCAAACACAUACUCGGUACCUAGAGAACAGAGCUACAUGGUGCUGAACAUGUGGAGCGACGGCGGAGAGUGGAGCGGAAACAUGACCGAGGACCACUCGGCAGAGUUCCAUGUGCAAUGGAUCGAGAUGACUUUCAACACCAGCGGGUCAUACGAGGGCAAGAACCAGAAGAGAGCCAGCAAGGGAUGCGAAGUCGUGUGUAAGAUCGAUGAUGUCAAGCAGGUUGGUACGCCAGAGGUCGUCAGUGUCAACAAAAGCGCUGCCGCUGCUGUGGGUGUGUCAUGGGGACUGUUGGCUGUGGUUGGCAUUGUUUCCGUAUUCGCUGGAUUUUAGUCAUGUUCCGGGAUUGGGCCUUAUUUAUGCAUAGCGUGUCUUUUAGCAUUUACAUCGAGUAUGAGCCGUUUUUC